AUGGCGCCGGCUGCAGUCUCAACCAUGAUCGGGCGACUAGCUCAUAACAUCAGGCAUACAAACCUAUUUUUGACGUCUCAGGACGUCUCGGUUGAGAGAUUGGCCGGCCUUGGAACCGGAACAGCUCUCCAGAACUUGGAGUUGUCCGUUUACGCCGCCGCCUGGGCUACCACACUUCUUGACCCGGGAGCAUUUGUGGAUGUCACGUCGCAUUUCGCACUCCGAUUCAAUUCGCUUCGCUUCGAUGACGCCUGGCUAGUGGAAAAAAUUUACAACACCCGGCCUCAACCACACGGCGACGUGUUCCUUGCCGCUCCGAAUCCAGAGUACAUACUUCGCCUCAUCCGGCGAGCGGAUGAGCAGCAGCCUGUCCUCCGUGAGCCUCAGACGACCAUGGAAUUUAAAGUCGGAAACGUUGUGCGUCACGGUAGAUACGGCUUUCUCGGGGUUGUAAUCGACGGGGAGGUGCCUCCUCAGGGAUCUGUCUUGUACUACAGGCUGUUGUGA